CUUGCUUUGGAGCUGCAUCAAGUGGGGGCAGGAUGGGAGGCCCUGCUUGUAGGCUGAACAUGUCAGGCACACCCCCCUGACCUUUCAUCCAGCACAGCGGCUCUGAUAAGUGGGCAGGCCUUGUGCCUGGAGACCCACAGACACACUUGGAUGAUUCCUACAGAAAUCAGUUAAGCAAUCUCCUUCCAGAGGCCCAGAGCCCCAUUCUGGAUGUGAGCCACUGGAAGGACGCUGCCUCGCCAGUGCCACAAUCAUGGCCAACGGGACAAACACAUCCUCCCCGUACUACAGCUAUGAAUACUACCUGGACUACCUGGACCUCAUUCCUGUAGACGAGAAGAAGCUGAAAGCCAACAAACAUGCUAUUGUCAUCGCCUUUUGGGUGAGCCUGGCUGCUUUUGUGGUGCUCCUCUUCCUCAUUCUGCUCUACAUGUCCUGGUCGGGGUCCUCACAGAUGAGGACCGGCCCCCAGCAUCACCAAAUGUGCCCAUGGAAUCACAGCCUCAACCUCCCCUCCUGCCUUAGGAGGGCCUCCCACGGGGCAGUAGAGACACCAGGAAGCAGAGCUGGGGCUGAGUAGUGGCUACAGCACGAGAGUCCCUCUGCCUCAUCCCCGUGGUUCCCACAGAUCUCCUCUGGGAACAGGACCUGGAUGGGUGUCCCCCUGACAUCAGGAUCAAGUACAGUGAGCCUGGAGACAGAACCUCUCAAUUAACCACAAUCAUGGCUGAGUGAACUGGUAAUGCUGAACCAACCUGGACACACAUGUUGCCUUUUCAAAGCUUGUUUACAUGUAGCAGAAAGUGAUCAGGUCAACGACUCUAUCAGGAGGCACAUCAUGAGCAUCUGUCAAAGACUUGCAUAUGGCUCCUCUGGCAUAGAGAAGUCAUCACAGACAUGGCUGAUUUUAUUUACCAUACUUAAUCUGCUCACUUCUUACUUUGGCUUUAAGAGGAGUAGGAAAAUAAAAUAUGCAUGAAUUAAAAGUCCUUACUGACCCCUA